CAUUCGUCCAAUAGCAGCCACAUGAGCGCCGCUCCACCACCACCACCACGGCGUCUGUCAUCAUCUAGUAUCCAAUAGAAGAAUCUGUCUGUCGGGCUUGUUUGUCUAGCGGUGCGGUGCUGACCCAGGUGUGUUUUGCAGAGAUUUCACGGACAGACGGUCCACAAGAUCAGGAAACUGCUGUAGCUGAGGCUUUCUCUGAGGUCACAGCUUGAAGUCCUUUUAAUUUGAUGGCUGCUGCAGGAUAGAACAUACCAGCACUGCAAACAGCAAGUGGAAUAUUUACAGGGUAUCUGGACCAUUUCUCUCAUUCUUUUGUACUCUGGGUAAGAAGCUACAGACUGUCCUGUCUCAGAAAACCAGGCCUUUCCAGCAAUUUUUUUAGUGGCUCUUCAGAAAAUCAGUGCAGCCCUUGCCAUUUUCUAACGGAAAAAUGCAACAACUGCCUUUGUUCCUGUUCUUUCUCUUAUACGAUUUCUCUUAUGCUGAGGAAAGGACAGGGUAUGGACCAGUGUUUGAAGAACAGCCAAUUGAUACAGUCUACGCAGAGGAAUCCCCUGAAGCUAAAAUUUCUAUGAACUGCAGAGCACGUGCCAAUCCACCAGCCACUUACAAGUGGAAACAUAAUGGCUGGGAAAUCAAAAUACUGGAGCCUGAUGAACAUUAUAGCAUGUUAGGAGGGAAUCUCGUGAUUCACAAACCAGACAGAAACAAGGACGCUGGAAAAUACAGCUGCAUAGCAAAAAAUGAAUUUGGCACAGUUGUCAGCAAAGAAGCCACCCUCACAUUUGGAUAUCUGGACCCAUUCUCUACAGAAGAGCGUGAAGCAGUAUAUGUGAAGGAGGGACAAGGUGCUGUCCUGCUGUGUGCUCCACCACCACGCUUUCCAGAUGAGUUGUCAUAUCGUUGGAUUCUGAAUGAGUUUCCUGUUUUUAUCCCUUUGGAUAAGCGAAGAUUUGUCUCCCAGAGAACUGGAAAUCUUUACAUCUCAAAAGUAGAGGCAUCUGACAAAGGCAAUUACUCCUGUUUUGUGCACAAUCCAUCAAUUACAAAAAGUGUCUUCAGCAAUUUCAUUCCUUUGGUUCCCCAAACAGAACGCCCUGUACGAAAGUAUCCAGCAGAUAUAAGAGUAAAGUUUCCAGACACCUAUGCAUUGGUUGGCCAAAAUGUAUCACUUGAAUGCUUUGCACUAGGAAACCCUAUUCCUGAAAUCAGGUGGAGAAAGGUAGAUGCUGAGUUACCAAGCAAUCAUGAAAUCAGUAUGUCUGGGGCAGUUCUUCAGAUCAACAAUGUUCAAGUGGAAGAUGAAGGAGCUUAUGAAUGUGAGGCCUUAAAUUCCAAAGGAAAAGAUAUUUACAGAGUGAGAGUCUAUGUCCAAGCUUACCCUGAAUGGGCAGAACAUAUCAAUGAUACGGAAAAGGAUAUUGGAAGUGAGCUGACUUGGUCUUGCAUGGCUAAAGGAAAACCAAAACCAAGCAUUAGGUGGCAGAAAAAUGGAUAUGCGUAUUCGAGCGGCAUUAAUCUGAAGUUCUCUAGGCUUACUUUGGAAGAUGCAGGAAUGUAUCAAUGUAUAGCUGAAAAUGAACAUGGACAAAUCUAUGCAAAUGCUGAAUUAAAAGUGACAGCUUGUGCCCCUACUUUUGAAUUUAAUCCAGUGAAAAAAAAGUUGCUGGGUGCCAAAAAUGGGAGAGUGGUUAUUGAAUGUAAACCAAAGGCUGCCCCAAAGCCCACGUUUUCAUGGAGUAAAGGGACAGAACUGCUCUUGAACACAUCGAGAAUACGCAUUUGGGAAGAUGGGAGUCUUGAAGUCAUUAAUGUGACAAAGAUGGACGAAGGAAAGUAUACUUGCUUUGCAGAGAAUGACAGAGGAAAGGCUAACAGCACAGGCACCCUCUCUGUUACAGAGGCCACGAAAAUUACUCUGGCUCCGUCAAAUGCUGAUGUGACUGUGGGAGAAAAUGCCAUGAUGCAGUGCCUUGCUUCACGUGACCCCAGCCUGGAUCUCACUUUCAUCUGGUCUGUUGAUGCCCAUGUGAUAGACUUUGACAAGGAAGCUGAACACUAUGAGCGGAAUGUUAUGAAAGAAUCAAGUGGGGAUCUAUUGAUAAAGAAUGUACAGUUGAAGCAUGCUGGAAGGUACACCUGCACAGCUCAGACCACAGUUGACAAUGCCACAGCAUCUGCAGACCUUGUCGUAAGAGGACCACCAGGGCCCCCAGGGGGUGUGAGAGUGGAGGAUAUCAAAGAAACUUCUGUCAAACUAAUUUGGAGCCGAGGAGCUGACAACCACAGUCCAAUUUCCAAAUACGUUAUCCAAGCCAGAAGUGCUAUGUCAGACGAGUGGAAAGAUGCUAAAACAUCACCUUGGAACAUUGAAGGCAAUUCAGAGACAGCAUCUGUUAUUGAAUUAAUUCCUUGGAUGCAGUAUGAAUUCAGAGUGAUAGCAACAAAUACAUUAGGGACAGGAGAACCAAGCCUUCCUUCCCCAAAAAUUAUAACCAUGGAGGCAGUUCCAAAUGUGGCUCCCUCAGAUAUUGGAGGAGGAGGAGGAACAAGCAGGGAGCUGACAAUCACGUGGACGCCUGUGCCUAAAGAGUAUCACUUCGGAAGGAAUUAUGGCUACAUUGUUGCCUUCAAGCCACAUGGGGAUAAAGAGUGGAGAAAGGUGACAGUAGCUGACCCAGAGGCAAGACGUUACGUACACAAAGAUUCUACAAUUACUCCUUCCACAGAGUUCCAAGUAAAAGUGAAAGCUUUCAACAGCAAGGGAGAAGGACCAUUUAGUCUAACAGCAGUGGUGUACUCUGCCCAAGAUGCCCCUAUGGAAGCCCCAUUGGGAGUGACAGCAAGAAGCUUGUCUGCCACUGAGGCCAUUGUGUCUUGGUUGCCUGUACACCAGCAAUCCAUAGAAGGUUAUCAGAUAAGAUAUUGGAGGAAGCUAUAUGAUAUUGAAGCUGCUGCACAUCGAGUUCAAGUACCUAGCACUGAAAAUCACACUAGAGUUGAAAACCUCCUGCCAGACUCACACUACAACAUUGAAGUUCGAGCCUAUAAUUCUGCUGGACAAGGCCCUCCCAGUGAAAUCUAUGAGAUCUUCACGAAGAAAGCACCUCCAAACCGUCCUCCACGAAUCAUCAGUAAAUAUGUGGAUCGUUCAAGAGUGAAUAUUGCUUGGGAGCAUGUUGAACCUUUAGCUAAUGAGUCAAGAGUGGAUGGCUACAAGGUGUUGUUCAGGCAGGAAGGACAAGCUGAAGGAAAACUGUAUACAACAGGCAAACAUUAUAUAGACCUUCCUGCUCCAAAAGAAGGGGAUUAUGUUGUGGAGGUUCGUGCACAUACUGAAGGGGGAGAUGGAGCAGUGGCCCAAGUUAAGGUUUCAGGUCGAGCAGCAGUUAGUGUGCAGUCUACCAGUUUGUUGGUCCUGAUUGUGGUUGCCCUGUGUUGCCUGGAACUCUGAAUGUAGCUCCUUCAUUAUUUUUCUUCACUUUAGUGAAGAGGACUCUGUAAGGUUCACACCUAUGAGGACUUUGGCUCUUUCAAGAAUCCCUGGUAUCAUCCUGAAGGCAAUUCUAAUAUUCCUUGGAAUAUAUAAAUGGAAAAGACACUGAGAAUUUAGAAAAAGACAAAGACAUCCAAGAAAUCCCUUAUUCAGAACCUAUAAAUAUCUUUGGAAGAGUAUCAAAGGAAUUCUUUUAACUUGAUCAAUAUGCCUUAUAUAAACACUUACACCAAUCUUUUACAGUUGCAUGACUUGUUCUAAAGGGGCAAGGUACCAAUAAUAGGAUUACCACAGUUUAGGCUGUACUGGAAAAUGAUAAAAAGCUAAAAAAAAAACUAAAGAAUAAAAAAUAUAUAUGUUCAUGUUGGGGUUAUAGAUCAGGCAAAAAAUGGCCAAUUUAGAAAAAAAAUGAGUGUAACUGGUAAGUGUAAGAGUAACUGAAUUUGUCUUAUGUGUCUGUAGUUUGCAAAUAUGAUUGACAGCCUUUUGUCUAUAUUAAAAAUUAAAGCACCCCUUUCCUGAUAUAGAUACAGUCAAAACAAAUAUAAGGUUUUUCAGGCACAUCCCUUUUUUUUAGUUAGCUACAAUCGUGAAUAUGUCAAUUGAUAUAGCACAGUAUACUAUUGCAUAUAAUAAUACUGAACGUUUGCACAUCUAGUUACCAUAAAAUGGUAACUUAUUGUGCGGUCCAUUACAAAUUCAGUUAAGGGUAUUUUUGAAAGCACAUUAGCAUUGAGGUGAAAAGGUCUUUUUUUAUUCAAAAUUUAUUUCCUAGAAAUUAAAACAUUAGAAAAAUGUAAAGAAGAGAGAGAAAUAAUUGUUAUUGUGAAUAUGAAAUACUCUGACAGAAUGUCUGUUUUCUUAAUUAUGAUACCAAAUCUAAAAUAUAAUCUCAGACUAUUUGAAUGUUCAAUACUAUUUUUCAGUAACUGUAAAGAUACACCAGUAAAGUGAUAGUGUCUCUGUAGUUAGCAUGUGAAAAGUUGGAAGCAAAAAAAAACAAAUAUCCGGCACUUGUAUUUAUUGAUUUUUCAUAAAACUGAGUGAAUGCUUUACUGAGUGGGGAUUGAGAGCUGACAUUAUAAAACAUGGUCAAGAGUACCUGAUAUUCAAAAAUUUCAAAUCUAUGAACAUAAAAAACAAGCAUACAAAUAACAAUGUGUUUUAAUUUACUUACCCAAAUAUAAUAUUUAUAAAUGUAUUGUGAUGACAAUGUAUUUAGGAAUUAUAAUGCCCUGUGUAACAUAUUUACUGGAGUGAAAGUUAACAGAAAAGUAUUAAACUUAAAGAUGUACUGAACAUAAAAGGCUUUUGUUUUGACUGUAUCAUUGGGAAUUCAGUGUUACAUGCUGGUGCUCUGUAAAGAAUGUUUUAUUUUUUUUCUUAAUAUUCCAGUUUGAGUGUGAUUAUUGACAAUAUGCAGUGGUUCUGAAUCAGCUGGAUCAAGUAUUAGUGUUAUGUCUCAUGCUUCAUGAAAUACUAGCUUUGAAUGAUGUUUUAGUACUACAACCUGGCUAGCUCAGUAGAGGUAGUUUUAAACUUGUAGAAUUACCGCAAGAAAAAGAAACAAGCAUAAUGCAAUUGACUGUGAGAAAUCAUUCUGCUUUGAAGAAUUUGCUUGUUAGAGUAAUAUAUUACUUUUAUUAUGAAGGAUACAAGUGGCUUGAGAUUUAUGUUGGGGACCUUUCUUUGAUAUAUAGUAAAUCAUUUUUAGGAACUGCCACUUGUUUAAGGAAAUAUAUCAUUUUUUCCCCUGAAAGAUUAAUACUUAAUUUGGAUUAAGCUGUAAACAUAUCAAUGCUACACACAAUUACCUUGCGCUUCUGCAUUGUGAGUUCCUGAUAUCAAAUCACCAAAAAGUGCUUCUUUUUGUUUCCUACAUAAUCAAAAUAUCACCAGGACAAAUUGCCAAAUGCAUGAAUGCCUUUAACUGUAAAAUCUAUGAUGUUCAGAGAAAAUGGUACAUUUUAUUGUGCAUGAAAUGAAAAUGGAAGGUAAAGUUUCAUUUAAACUUGCAUUAAUAUAGCAACACAAUUCACAUACUGAUCAGGUAAUUCCAAUCUGCCUCUCUGGUAUAAUCAUACACACAUUUGAAUGACACUCUCUAUGUCAGAAAUAAUGUUGAUAAGCCUAAUCUGUGUAUUAUCUGCUUACAUAAAGCCAGUCUUCUCAAUUAAAGUUUAGACAAAAUAAAAUGAUGCUUGGUGUAUUUUCACAAAUCUACACGACAUUUUUAUAACAAAAGUCUGACAUAAUCAUCUUUCAAAUGCAUUUCAAAGGCUAGUUUGAUUGGAUGUAUAGCAGUUAUUAAAAUCACAGUUUAAAAGAUAAACAGGAACCACAGGAUGUGAUUGUCAGUCUGAGGAACUGAUGUUUGAGGUUAAUUCCACACUGAACAGAGAAAGGAAAACAAGAAAAGAGCAAUGUUUCAGCUGUGGAACCUUCUAUAGACGUGGGGAGACUUCAUAGCCCAAAUGUUGCUUUUUCUACUUUUUUUUAGUUUAAAUUAACCUUCUUAAUUUGUAACUUGCUCACUGUCCCCACCCAUAGCUCUUCAAUAUACAAUAAUGUUAGCAAGUCUUAUGUUAUGGUGUGACUUAGUCAGAAAAAAGCCUGAGAUAAAGAAGGUUUUACCUGAAACAUUGCCCUUGGAAACUACUUUUAGAAAAAGUGUUAUAAUAGAGUUGUUCCACCACAUCCUUCAGUAUAAACCUGUACUAUUUGAUUAAAUUAUGUUUGGCAGAUCCUACCUAAGGUACUAAAGGAUUGCAAAAUAUGCAUCAAAAAGACAUAACUGUACUCAGUAAUUGGGAGAAGAAGAGGCAUUACCCAAGCUGCUUUGAACUUAAUUAGAAACUUUGAAACUUGCUCGAUACAAAUGCACUUCAGCAACCAUGAUUCCACAGUGCCAAAACAUUGCUAGGGUCCUCAUUAAAAAUAUCUUAAAAAAUAAAAACUUUGCCUUUUUAGAGAAAGGAAGACAUAGCACCUAUUUUGCGGGGAUUACACUUACAGUACAACACUUUUAGCAUCAUUAUUGCAAAGGCUGUCUGUUUCAAAUAAUAAGUUAUGAAUCAUGCAUUUUACAUCUCUUCAAAGAGUUAUCGAUGAGCUAAAAUAUGAAAACAUGGAAUGGAAUUAAUCUUAAGUUAAAUGAACAUCUAUUGCUAAAACCCAUCAAAUAACAACAUAUUUGUUUCCAGAUAAAAAAAAAUAUUGAUGGCAUGGAUGAAAUUUUCAUACAUUUCUAAGAAAAUCAACAUCUUCUCAUAUACAGUAGGAGUUCAAGCACUUACACUGUAGCUUUGUCAGUAGGCUGCAAAGAAACAGGUAAAGGUUUAUUCCAUGCUGAAAGGAAAAGAAAAGAGACACAAUGUUUUUGGCAGUGGAGGCUUCUUUGGGUGUGGUUUUUCUCAUUUUACAAGGUGGUAAGUUUAAAUUCAGCUAUGUUUCUAAUUGAAUCUUGUUGUUUUAACUAUUUUUGCGAAUUUUAUAAAUUACAUAGCAUUCAUUACAAUUACUGGGAAUUUCACUAGGAAAAGGUUCAAUUCACAAAGCAAACCAGAUCUACUUUUCUAAGUAGAAUUCUGGUUCUACAAGUCAGCCGGAUAUUUAUGUGAUAAACAUCUAUAUCCCACUCCUAGAGCACACAUAUUCCCAUAGCCACCAGUACCAGACACAAGAUUUCAAUAACAAAUAUGGCAACAAAGCCUGAAAAAAACUGAAGAAACAUUUAAACAAUAAGAGCAAUAUUUAACUUAGGUUAGGCAAUGCCUUAUGGGUCUGAAAUGGAUACCCAUACUAUAAUACAGUCAGUUAAACAAACUGCUUGUUAAUUGAUUUUUGCAGUUUCAGUAUAUUCUAGAUUGAAAAUAUACUGUAUAUAUAUUUUAAAAGUAGAUCAUGAAGAAAUAAACAAGAUAAGCAAAUGGCCAAGAGGCAGAACCGGACAUCUUCGGUGACAAUGAAAUAAGCAGAUAAAAGACUGACAAGUUAGAACUGACAAUCUGGAGAGCGGGGUGCUGGCUUCGAUGGCCCCUGCUAUCUAACACCAGCUGGGCACACAGCAUCUGUUGAUCUAAUCUUAUUCUUAUUGUAUAUGGUCUCUGAGCUUUAAGUAUAGAUAGUAUAAGAAAUAUUCUUUUCAGAAUAAUGUACUUUAUGUGCGCACGUAAUGUGCAAUUUUGUGCCUGUAGUUGAGAAUGCAGGUUAUAUAAUGAUUAAUUCACUGGCAUCUUGGGUACAAAAUACUAAAUUAAGUGACCAGAAGCAAUUAUACCCUUUAAGAUUAGAAAGCCAUCGCAGCAGAGUUUUCGUUCAUGCACUUAUAAUUCCCUUCCCUCGUGACCAUGACACUACUAUUCCUGCAACAUUAUUUUCCUUUCCUUAUUGAAUGUUUCUGUCGGUGAUCCCUAACUGUCUUUUGCAAGUGAAAGAUUUUUGUUCGCAGAAAUAAAGUAAUUUCUUACAGUUUCAAAAACAAUUUCAAACUUAAUCAACUGAGAUCAGUCUCAUCUCCAAUUUGACCUCGUGAUGAUGUCAUGUCAUGUUAAGGUGAUUACAUUGUCAGGGGACAUCAUCACUGUAGGCUAUGUGAAUUAUUAUCACUGGAUUAUGGGACUUAUUGUUAACAUUUAUUUUGUACAUAUUAUCGUGUAUGGAGCUUUCCACCUUAUAGAGUCUAAGGUAAAUACUGGGAUAAAUCCUUUGUUCAGAAGUAUUUACUAUAAGAUGUAAUAACUUUUAAAAUAUAAACAUGUCUUAUUUUCACUGAUGUACAUGGAUAUUUAGAUUGGGGUUUUCGAACCUAACUACCAAGAAUUAAAGUAGAAUUUUCAGUGUUGAGAAAAGAAAACUUUUCUGAGAAGCUCUUAGAAGCAGAAAUUCUAACCUCUGCAACACAGUCGUAUCCUUAAGAAAUAAUGGGUUCCAAACUAUUUAUAUUAUAGACCAUUACCUAAACUUCUAAAAUGAAUAAUGAAAGAUUUAAUCACAUAACAUUGAAUUAAAGCACUUUCAGGCAGUUUUUAAAAUCAUGACAUUUUAUGCAAAGUUACGUUUGUGCUUUGUUUAGGAGACUAUACAGUAUGUAUUUGCACACACUGAAUACUGGCCUACCAGAAUAUUAAGGGAUUCCCGUAUUGUCAGUCCUCUUCCAAUUUAAUUACAGGUGCAUCUUUACAGAUAUCUGUGAGGAUAUGAGAUCACUCAGCCAACAGUAGUGAAGUCACUUACUGUACAUCAGCUUUGAUAGUAAUAGUAUAGAGCACUGAGCAAACAAUUUGGUUUGUUAUAGUCUUCAUUAAACACACAAAGUGCUAGACCACUCCCAUUUCAGUGCACAGUAUAGGUAACUCAUGUAGGCUGUACCAUUUCUACUAUUUUGACAUGUACAGUAUAUCUAUCCAUUCUGGGUAACUGUGCAUGGGACAAUGGUCUAUUGCAAGGCACACACAGACAUGCAUUCAGUCACAUGUACAUUGGUGACAAUUUACAGUACAAAUUAACAGUGCAAUUAAGUUUGACAGCAUGGUUUUGGACUGUGGGAGAAAACUACAGCAUCAGAGAUAACCCAUGUGGAUACCUGACAAACAUUCAAACUCCACAGUGAAGGCACCCCAUGCUGGUAUUUUAACCAGGACAUGAGGUGAGGGGUAGAGAGCUAACUGUCACACCAGUGUGUUGUAUGUGAAUAUUUUAGAUAUUUUUUGCCAAUGUUACCACCUGCCAGAGCAAGUGUUUCAUCUGACGAAUUAUAAAAUAAUAUUAAUCAGAUUCAUUUUCCAUUGUCAAGCCUUUUUGAAAUUUUACUUUCAUUGUUCAUUAUAUGAAAGCAAAACAGCAGGAAAUGUACAGUAUCUAAAAUCUAUGUAUUGCUAAGAUGAAUACAGUAUGUAUUGCUAAGUAGAGAUGUGAUUGCACUUCUGCAUGGGUUAAUAGAAGAAUAAGUAAAUAUAUUUCCAGUUACCUUAUUAUACACACAGAUCCCAUCAUAUUUCUGUAUCAUAUUCCUUUGUUUACAUGACUUCCUUAAAGUUACUCGUUAGUUGAAGGUAGACUUUUGUCUUGACAGUCAAGAUCAGUAAAGUCUUGCUCCUGUGAAAUAAUGUGAAUGUAAAGCAACACCUGCCAGACAACUUGAUUCCUUCCAGACACUGCAGCAUGUCACCAACAUGAAAGCCUUCACAGGGCUGUAUCAACCAUAGCAGUCGAAAGAGAAAUGAAAACUGAUCCUUACUGUAUGAAUCCUUUAAAUCUGUCAUGCUACAUUAGAAACUGAGACACUGGGGAAUCCUGCCAUAUCAAAUGAAUGGCAGCUUUUAAGAAUUUCAUUUUUUAAGUUCAUCCUCAAGUAUCAAAUUACCUCUCUUUGUUGCUUUACUGAAUUUCCCAGUAGACCACUUGUGCUGAUCUCUUACUGCAAAAAAGCAAUGCAGUGCAACUGAAGUGGUCUUAUUUCAAAUUCCUUUAUAAAUAGCUGCAAUCAUUAUGGAAAAUAGUAAAAGUGGAUUAUGUGCCUUCGGAAUAUUGAAAAUGCCAACAAUUUGAAAUUGUAAUGGAUAAACAAAUGAAUCCAAAUGAUCAUUUAUUUUCCUGAUGUCAGCAUCUAUUUCAAAAAGUUAUUAUGAAAUAACAUUAUAAAUGUGACCAUUUUUAAUUAAUGUAGUAGCUAGCUUGCUGAAUGUGACUAAAUUUGCUUUUGAAAGGUAAAAUAACAGGUUUUAUAGAUAACAGAUGAGACUGGAAGCCAUACUUUGUAUUUAUUUUCCUUUCUUUCAGCUUUCAAAUAUAUUUAGUGAGGUAGUUCAUGGCCAAUACAGCAUUAUACAAAGACAAACAUAUAAAUUAUCUUGAUCAAAAUACUAUUGAUCAGAAAUGACAAUGAUAAAAAGUUGAUUUAGAAAAUAGUUAAUUUAAUUGUUUUGAAAGGUGUCUAAAACUGCACACUUUUCCUUUCUCUUUCUCCCUUAUUUCUCUUAAAACAAUAUUGCAUAUUUUCAUGCAAUGUUAGGAGCAUAGCUUUGUGUUUGUGAUUCAGCUAAUGGGAGAAGGAUAGUGAUGUACAGUAUUUAAGCUUCCAGCCCUUGCUUUAAGGCAGAAGGGCACUUCAGUAGCUUUUAGGGACAUGCUCCGGUGACCUGUUUUGGGAAGAGGAAUCUAAAACAUCUCUAAUCCUGAGUGGAUAGCUACAGUAUAUCCAGUGGGAUAGUCCCUUGGCAGUCCAAAAACAUAUUAAAGAAAUGUCUUUAAAAAUUGUGACCUAAAUCAUCAAGACCCUAGACUGUCCACAUCACAUUUGGUCCACACGUGGCCCAAGAACUCUGCAGGUACAGUAUAAUACCAACAUGGACAACCUAGAGGUACAUGAGAGUGACUAUAAUUUCUUCUGGAAGAAAACAUAAAGGCAUUAUGUUGGAUUCAUGGAAUAAAAUUUGCAGUUGAGAAAGAUAUCAUCAAUUAACCUAUCAUCCUAUACUAUACAAAGUAUAACAGCACCAAACUGUAUUUACUUCCAGUGGAGAGUGUGGAAUAAUUUGUAAUCAUGGUGAAAAAAUAAAAUGUGUAUGAGAAUAUGA